UUCUGUAUUAUUAUAAUAACAAUGAUCAUGAAGAAUAAAGCAACAACAACAACAGGAAACGACAAUAAUAAUAAUAAUAAUAAAGUUUCAAAAUUCUUAUUAGAUCCUUGGUCAACAGUAAAAGUUGUUUUACCAUCUGCAGCAGUUCAACUUGUAAUUCAUCAAACCCUAUUCAAGAAAGCUUCUUUACGUGAACUUACUUUAGGCCUUACUUUAUUAAAUACGAUUUGGUUUGCAACAACAUUAAAUCUUAGUUAUCUUGAAACACCACUUGUUGUAAAUGUACCCAGUUUAAAUGAAGUAACUAAACUUGAUGUGGGUAGACAUAGAUUUAAUUGGAUCAAUAAGAUAGAAGCUACUGUAAGUUUGAUAAGUCUCGAUCUUUACUUGAGUUGGAAUGAACGAAUUAUAAACCAUAAUGGAUUUGUAGAUAAUACAUUAAAGUUGGCUACACUUGCACCUGUUGCUAUCACUGUCUUUCAAUCUCUUUAUUUGUUACCUAAAUUUAAUCGACGAGCAGCCAAAGUAAUUCAAGGAGAAGCAACUGCUAAAGAAAUAUGGGAUCAUGAUCCAUUCUUUUUAAAAGGUCAUCGUGCGUAUAUCACAUUAGACACAGUUAAAAUUGCUGCUUUAGCUGUAGCUGGCCUUCGCUUUGGUCUUAUGUUGAAAAAUUAAUUUAAAGAAAAAGAAGAAGAAAAAAAAAAUAAAAAAAAAAAGAUGGUAUUAUCAUUGCCCUUCUUUUGUGUGUGUGUGUGUGUGUGUGUGUGUGUAUGCGCUUGUGCG